AUGCCCAAGAGAAAGGCAAAAGGAGAUGCUAAAGGUGACAAAGCAAAGGUGAAGGAUGAGCCACAGAGGAGAUCGGCCCGGUUGUCUGCUAAACCUGCCCCUCCAAAACCAGAGCCCAGGGCAAAAAAGGCCCCUGCAAAGAAGGGAGAGAAGCUGGCCAAAGGGAGAAAGGGGAAAGCAGAAGGCAACAAAGAUGGGAACAACCCUGCAAAAAACCGAGACGCCUCCACAGUCCAGUCACAGACAGCAGAAGGCACCGGGGAUGCCAAGUGA